AUGGCCUGCUGGAGGACGGCCGCAGCAGCCACUGCCCUCCUUCUGGUCUUGCGAGCGACGCGAGCGCGACAAGUCGUGGAGGAGGUGGCCGUGGGCAUCGAAGGCCUUGGAUUGCAGCUGAGCACGCGACGUUCAGGUGGUUCCAUCGCAUCGGACUUCAUCAGUGCAUCGUCCAUCCAGGACAUCAUCAUUGCAGAAGCAGUGACAUUCUGGGAUGUAUUCUACUACCUCGUGGUGGAGAUCAAGGGCAGCGAAAGGACAAAGGUUCCUUUCCAACACCUCCGACCCGGAAUCGAGGACCAAGCGCAGGUCUUGCGCACCUUGCGGCGGCUUCUGCUGAGAGACCCGGAUCUAGCAGACGCUUAG